AUGAGAUAUAACUUUAUAAACAAGAAAAAAGGUUACAAUCUCAUUUCUAGUGACGUGAAGCCAUCAACAUUUUCUGAUCACAAUACCAAAAAGUCUAUAGAAAUGGGGUUGUUCAAAAAGAAUAACCAAAUAUCAGAAAAUUCAAUAACCAGGUCAAAAGAUGAUGAUUUAGAAGCUGCUUCAUCUUCAAAAAGUCAAAUAAAAGCUAAAAGUACUGAAGGUUCAAUCUUAGAUUCUCACAAUGAGGAAGCUAAAUUGGGAAAAGAAAUUGAAGAAAACGUUAUUGAAAUAGAGAGUGAUGAUUAUUCAUUUGUUGAAGGUGAUAUAUCACUAUUGAAUAAUUCUCCAUAUCCUGAAGUUCGUGAAGUUGUUCCAAAUACAGAUGAUCCAACGAUAAAUAUUAAUCAUUGGAGAACAUGGGUUUUGACGACCAUAUUUGUUAUAGUAUUCUCUGCUGUCAACCAGUUCUUCUCAUUACGUUAUCCAAGCUUAACCAUUAAUUAUCUUGUUGCUCAAGUCAUUGCAUAUCCAGUGGGAAAAUUUUUAGCUAGAGUUUUACCAGAUAUAAGGUUCAAAUAUCCAUGGUUCAACUUAAAUCCAGGACCAUAUACUAUUAAAGAACAUGGUAUUCUAACGAUUUGUGUUGCAUUGACAUCAUCAACUCCAUAUGCUAUGAAUAUCUUGAUUUCUACAACAAAUUUCUUUAAAAGAGAUUUUGGUACUGGUUAUGAAAUUUUACUAGUUUGGACAACUCAAUGCCUUGGUUAUGGAUUAGCAGGAUUAACUAAAAGAUUUGUCGUUGAUCCUCCAAGUAUGAUUUGGCCUCAAACUUUAAUUUCAGUCUCAAUGUUUGAAGCUUUACAUUCUUCAAAAAUCGAUUCUCAAGUUGUUAAUGGAUGGAAAAUUUCAAGAUAUUCGUUCUUCCUGGUCGUUUUAAUAAUUAAUUUUGUUUGGUAUUGGUUCCCAGGAUUCAUUUUUAAAGGUUUAAGUUAUUUUAAUUUUGUGCUAUGGGGUUCCAAGACAAGAAAUAACUUUGUUGCAAAUUUCAUAUUUGGUGUAUCUGGUGGUAUUGGUGCUUUACCCAUAACUUUUGAUUAUACUCAAAUCACUCAAGCGAUGACAGGAUCACCAUUUGCUACUCCAUUUAGUGUUAUUGCAAAUACUUAUUUAUCAGUUUUCAUUUUCUUUAUAUUGAUCUUACCAAUCUUAUACUUUACAAAUACUUGGUACGCAAAAUAUUUACCAGUUAUCUCUGCAGGAACCUUUGAUAAUAAACAGAAAAAAUAUGAUGUUAAUAAAAUUAUGGGGGAUAAUUUUAGAAUUGACAAGGAAAAAUAUAAACAAUAUUCACCUUUAUUUGUUCCUUUUUCAUAUUUGUUGAGUUAUGCAUUAAAUUUUGCUGCUGUGACAAGUUUAUUUGUUCAUGUUGGAUUAUAUCAUGGUAAGGAUAUUUGGCGUAAGUUCAGAGAUGCAAGAGCUGGUGGGCUAGAUAUACACCAAAGAUUGUAUUUGAAAAAUUACAAACAAGUCCCAGACUGGUGGUAUGCUGUUGUUUUCGUGGUUUUCUUAGCUCUAUCUUUUGUUACUGUUUGUCAUUGGGAUACAGGGUUACCAGCCUGGGGUCUUGUUGUUGCACUUUUAAUUAGUAUCGUUACAUUUUUACCUCAAGGUAUUUUAGAAGCUACCACAAACCAAGAAGUUGGUUUAAACAUUAUCACUGAAUUAAUCGGUGGUUAUAUUUUCCCAUUCCGUCCUAUGGCAAACUUAUUAAUCAAAAUUUAUGGAUUUAUUGUUAUGAGACAAGGCUUAAACUUAUCAAGGGAUUUAAAAUUAGGUCUAUAUUUGAAAAUUGCACCAAGAAUUUUAUUCUUUAUUCAAAUUUAUAGCACAUUAUUAGCUGGUGUUACUCAAGUCUUAGUUCAACAAUGGAUGAGAUCAAACAUCGAAGGAAUUUGUGAACCAUCGCAAAAAGAUGGUUUCAUUUGUGCAGGUGCUCGUACAAUCACGAAUGCUGCUGUAAUUUGGUCAAUUCCUCAAUAUUUAUUCUCUGCAGGACAAAGAUAUUCCCCAUUAUUAUUGUUCUUUAUAAUAGGUCCAGUUUUGUCAUUUUGUGGUUGGUUAUUACAUAGAAGAUGGCCAGAUAAAAUUAUUGGUAAAUUUAAUGCACCAAUUUUCUUUGUUGGACCUGGUAAUAUCCCACCAGCAACUCCAUAUAAUUAUGGUUGUUAUUUCGUAUUAUCAGCAUUUUUGAACUGGCUAAGAAAUAAAUGGCCAAGAUGGGAUGCUAAGUAUAAAUUUAUUAUGGGUGCUGGUGUUGAAACCGGUGUUGCAAUUAGUGUCGUUGUUAUUUUCUUGUGUGCUCAAUAUCCAGGAGGGAAAUUGAGCUGGUGGGGUAAUGAAGUUUAUAAAAAUACUAUUGAUUUGAAAGGAUCGACUUAUUAUAAGUUACCUGAGGGUCAAACUUUUGGUCCUGAUAAGUGGUGGUGA